AUUCUUUCUUUCUUUCUUUCUUCGAUUCUUGAUUGAUCCUGUGGUAAUUCUGUUGGCAAUUUCAUUUUCUUUUAUCCUAAAAUGUAUUGAAGCUGAUCCUAUGUUCUUGUGCUCCAAGAAGAUAUGUAUGCACUAGAAUUUCCUUUAUUACACAAGAUUCUUGAUUUUAGGGUGGAAAAUGUUGGGGAGGAAGAAAGAUUGAAUUUUCAGAAAAACCCAUGAUUUAGUUUAAGAGGCUGAUAAGAAUUGCCUCAAAUCCCCGAAACCAAGUACCACGUGGCAAAAAGUCUAGAGCCUUUUUAGGGUUUGCUUGUGAAUCCUGGGGGGUAGGUUGUCCUUUUCCCAUUCCUAGGUUCUUUUCGAUGACUUCUUUUCAUUUCCCUUCUAGAUUGGUGUUUGGAUAAGGAUUUAAUUUUGUCUUCUUCCUUCCGGUUCAGUGUACAGAAGGGUUGGUGGUGCACAUAGGAUUUGGUAUCUUGGUUUAAUUCUUUGCUACAAGGGAAGAAUUUGGCAAAACUCUAGGCACGAGAAAGGCACGACUGUUUCAGCUUAAGUUUCUGAUUGAUGGAAUGUUAGUGCAUCCAGAUCUGGGAACUCUUUCUUGCUUUGCUUAAAGCAAGUACCUAAAUCCACCUGUAAUUUGCUCUAAGUAGUAUGCCUACUGUUUCUUGUACAACUUGGAUAGCUGUUGACUUAAGUCUUUUGAGUUGUGACAUCUCCAAUCUUGUAUCUUUCUCAUCCUUCACUCACACGAGCAACGACCUAAUCUUGGUAUGAGUGUGUGACAUGGUUUAUUAAUUUGUAUCAAGGUGUUGUCAGUUUUGGUUUUCAUUAUUGGACUGUGUGCUUUACAAAACUUUGGAGCUUCUCCCCUCCUUUGAUCAUUUUGGGAACUGGAUGAUUGAACUAAAGAGUUGUUGACUUUGCAAGUUUGGAGAGUUUUGUGCUCUGUAUUGUUAGUUGUAAUCCGGAGAAUAGAUGGAAGAGAUGUCUCCAGCAGUUGCAGUUCCACUUAGUUUAGGUAGUCCUAUGUGUGAGAAUGCUGGAAUCUCGAAUCAUAUGGAAAUCACACGACUCAAAAUAGUGACAGACACUGCCAUGUUGCUUUCAGAUCCAGCGUCACUGUUGCAUGCAGAUUCAAGUUCUAAUUGGGACGGCAGUUGCAAUGGGAUAGGUACAGAAGGUAGUAAGGAUAAGUCGGUAUCACCUAUAGACAAUGGGGGGGUAUCUAAAAUGUUGCAGAAAACUCAAAACAAUGAGAUUGUAGGAGAUGCAAUAAUGCAAGAAAGCGAUGAGGUAUUACUGGUUACAGAUGACCGGAAUGGAAUUAAUGGCAUGGAGUUGCUUCCCCUGGAGCCGACUUCAGAAAUAAGCUUACCAAUUGCUGUUCAGAUUGAGGGCAUCAACAAUGGUCAAAUACUUGCUAAGGUAAUCAGUUUGGAAGAAAGAAGUUUUGAAAGGAAGGUGAGUGAGGACAAUUUAACUACUGCGGCUCAAUUGAAUGAAGAAAACUCAAGUGUACCCACACUUAAGGCAUCUGUAGUGGCUCUUCAGUUGCCCAACGAGAAAGAUCCAGUAAAAGGCGGUAUGAAGAGUGUUUUUGAAUUAGAAUGUGUGCCACUAUGGGGUUCCGUGUCAAUUUGUGGACAGAGGCCAGAAAUUGAAGAUGCCAUUAUGGUUGUGCCACAUUUCAUGAGAAUUCCUAUUAAGAUGUUCAUUGGUGACCGAGUCGGGGAUGGUAUAAGCCAAACAUUGAGUCACUUGACGUCUCACUUUUUUGGAGUAUAUGAUGGUCAUGGAGGAUCUCAGGUAGCAAAUUACUGCCGUGAUAGGAUCCAUGUGGCAUUGGCCGAGGAGCUAAAAGAUACAAAAGAUGACUUGGUGAAGGAAAGCCUGAUAGACACUCGACAAAUGCAGUGGGAGAAGGUCUUUACUACGUGCUUUCUAAAGGUUGAUGAUGAAGUAGGGGGAAAAGUUAGCCAAAAUAUGUCUCCUGAAAAUGUAGAUUCCUCCAAUUAUGCAUCUGAACCUGUUGCACCUGAAACUGUUGGGUCUACUGCAGUGGUGGCCAUUCUAUGUUCAUCCCAUAUUAUAGUUGCAAAUUGUGGGGAUUCCAGGGCAGUUCUUUAUCGUGGCAAAGAAGCUGUAGUACUGUCAAUUGACCAUAAACCAAACCGAGAAGAUGAAUAUGCUAGAAUUGAAGCAUCUGGCGGCAAAGUCAUACAGUGGAAUGGUCACCGUGUAUUCGGUGUUCUUGCAAUGUCUAGAUCCAUCGGGGAAAACUGAGUUGAUUCUGAAUCUGUUGCAUGGUGCUGGAUUUUGUGAAUGACUGAAGAAAGGAAUCAGUGUUUGCCUCAAAUGUUUUUGGCCCCAUCUUGUCUGCAGGUGAUAGAUACCUCAAACCAUGGAUUAUACCAACCCCAGAGGUCAUGUUUCUACCCCGUGCAAGGGAGGAUGAAUGUCUUGUUUUAGCAAGUGAUGGCUUGUGGGAUGUCAUGACGAAUGAAGAAGCAUGUGAAGUUGCUAGGAGACGAAUUUUGCUUUGGCACAAGAAGAACGGAACUAACCCUCUUCCAGAAAGGGGACAGGGAUAUGAUCCUGCAGCACAAGCGGCAGCGGAGUACCUUUCCAUGCUUGCUCUUCAAAAGGGGAGCAAGGAUGAUAUUUCAGUG